AUGUCGACCACCGAGCGGACCUUCAUUGCCAUCAAGCCUGAUGGCGUCCAGCGUGGACUUGUUGGCAACAUCAUCUCUCGCUUCGAGACCCGCGGCUUCAAGCUCGUUGCCCUGAAGCUGGUCACCCCCGGCAAGGAGCACCUCGAGAAGCACUACGCCGACCUCUCCUCCAAGCCUUUCUUCGCUGGCCUCGUCAACUACAUGAACAGCGGCCCCAUCGUCGCUAUGGUUUGGGAGGGUCUUGAUGCCGUCAAGACCGGCCGCGUCAUGCUCGGUGCUACCAACCCCCUCUCCUCCGCCCCCGGCACCAUCCGUGGCGACUUCUGCCUCCAGACCGGCCGCAACGUCUGCCACGGCUCCGACAGCGUCGAGAGCGCCGAGAAGGAGAUUGCCCUGUGGUUCAAGAAGGAUGAGCUCCUCGCCUGGAACUCUGCCCAGGCCAGCUGGCUCUACGAGUAA